GUUACCUCAAUAGUUUAAGAAAUGAGUAAAAGGUGUUUUCUCUUUUCUUUUGGCAGCAGGUGAGAAAAGGAUGGAGAGUUCAGAGUUGCCUCCAAAGCAGGCGAUUUCUAAAGGAUCAGAGUCACCUGAUAGGACCUCAGGAGUACUGUAUGGAGUACUUCCUGGAGGACCAGGAGCUGGAGAUGCCUGUGAAGACGCUUUAGAGAAGUUAGGAACACAACCGUCUGAUGAAGAAGGGAGCAGACUGGAAAGUGAUUUCUUGGAAAUAACACAGCAGGAUGAAAAAAAAUCCACAAAAGAUGGAUGUGAUGAAUAUAAAGAUCUUGGGGACCAUCCAGAUCUGUCCUCCAGUCCUGCAGAAGAUCAAGAAGUUCUGAAGGGACAGAAAUUCUAUCGAUGUGAUGAAUGUGGCAAAGCUUUUAAUCGGAGUUCACACCUCAUUGGGCAUCAGAGAAUCCACACUGGAGAGAAACCCUAUGAGUGUAAUGAGUGUGGUAAGACCUUCAGGCAGACCUCUCAGCUCAUAGUUCAUCUGAGAAUCCACACAGGGGAAAAGCCCUAUGAAUGUAGUGCUUGUGGAAAGACGUAUCGUCACAGCUCCCACCUCAUUCAGCACCAGAGACUCCACACUGGGGAGAAACCAUAUAAAUGUAACAAAUGUGCAAAAGCUUUCACUCAGAGUUCCCAACUCAUUGACCACCAGAGAACCCAUACUGGGGAGAAACCGUAUGAAUGCAACGAGUGUGGGGAGGCCUUCAUUCGGAAUAAAAGCCUUGUCCGACAUCAGGUACUUCACACUGGUGAGAAACCUUACAAGUGUAAUGAGUGUGGGAAAGCUUUCUGUUCUAACAGAAAUCUUAUUGACCAUCAGAGAAUCCACACCGGGGAGAAGCCUUAUGAGUGUAAUGAAUGUGGCAAGGCCUUUAGUCGGAGUAAAUGUCUUAUUCGACAUCAGAGCCUCCACACUGGGGAAAAACCAUACAAAUGCAGUGAGUGUGGGAAAGCCUUCAAUCAAAACUCUCAACUUGUUGACCAUGAGCGAAUUCAUACUGGAGAAAAACCUUUUGAAUGUAAUGAGUGUGGUAAGGCAUUCAGUCUGAGUAAAUGUCUCAUUCGACAUCAGAGACUUCACACUGGUGAAAAGCCUUAUAAAUGCAAUGAGUGUGGAAAAUCCUUUAAUCAAAACUCACACCUCAUUAUACACCAGAGGAUUCACACUGGUGAGAAACCUUAUGAAUGUAAUGAGUGUGGGAAGGUCUUCAGUUACAGCUCCAGUCUUAUGGUACAUCAGAGAACCCAUACUGGAGAAAAACCCUAUAAAUGCAAAGAUUGUGGGAAAGCUUUUAGUGACAGCUCACAACUCAUUGUGCAUCAGAGAGUUCACACUGGAGAGAAACCCUAUGAGUGUAUUGAGUGUGGGAAAGCCUUCAGUCAGCGUUCCACUUUCAAUCACCACCAGCGAACUCACACUGGAGAGAAGCACUCAGGUCUGGCUCGGUCCAUUUCUUAAGGUGUGAUUCUCCAUCCAGCAAAGAACUUUGAGUUAAGAUUUGUAUGUAAGAAACUUGCUUACCUUGGUCUUCUCUUGGGAAUGCUAAUCUAAGUGGACCGUCCCUACAUGGUUUCUACUAGGUCAUGAAGGUGGGAGAGUGGGAGCAACAGUGUAGUCCUUCCGCACUAUAGGGGACGUAAGAACUACAGAUUUCAUAUGCUUGUAGGUUUCUUUCAUUCUUUCUUUUUUUAAAAACUGUUUUAAGAUGUUUCUCAUCUCUUAGUUACACAUCCCAUAACCAGAAUCAGAUUGUGUGCUUCUCAAGGACAGAGAUACUUUCUUACUCUAUUCCACCUCCUCCAUUUAUAUAAAGUCAUUCUCCAAGACUGAUACAUUGUUUUCUUUACCUUGGCUAUGGCCUUCCUUAUCUACUUUUUAAAACUUCUACUCUAAUAUAAUCCCUCAUUGAUUAUAUUCCAUAUGUAGAAAAAUGUUUCUUCUUACUAAUCUGUCUCUCAGAACUUUCCAGAUCCAGCUCAUCUCUGAAAGACUUCUUCAAAUGCUACUUAAUUCCCCUUAGACUUCUAUUCAUUUGACCUCAGUGCUUUGAGUUAACUGGUGCUACAAUGUGCAACUGUUAAAUUGCCUUGUAAAUUAUUCUCAAUUUAGUGCAUACAUAUACUUACAUAUUUAUACCAACUUAUUGUGGGCUUUUGUUGGUAUAGUAUCUAUUUCUUUUGAUAUAUAGAUAGUAAUUUUCAUAUACUAGUUGUUUAAUAAAUAAUGUUUUAAAACUCAGCUCUUUAAUUGAACCAUCCUUAAAUUGGGCACACUCUCCCCUACUCACCACCAGACUAGAAGGUUCUAAAGAUAGAAGUGACAUUUCCUCAUAGGAUGUUGCAUGCAGAGCCCUUUUUGAUAUCUUCUACAUGUACUUCUGGCAUCUCUCUACUGUUACUUCAUUGUUGGUUUCUGAUCAAUUUUUGUCGGAUUUAGGAAGUUUCCUUCUUUUCCUAUUUUUAGAAGUCACAAUAUAAGCUAGUAGUUAAGAGUAUGGAUUUUUGUGUGUGGUACUCUAGGUUCAAAUCCUGUUUCUUCCACUUUCGUAGGUUGUGAUCGUUUCCUUGUGUAUAUUUCUUCCAUGAAUAAAAUGGAGCUACCUCAGGGCUGUGAGGGUGAAAUCAGUUCCUAAGUGUAAGGCCUUUAAAACAGUGCUUGCACAUACUAUACCUUUUAGCAAUUAUUAUCAUUGUUUUAUAUUUUGAGUCUUCAUUAUGUUUUUAUUAGUCUUCUACCAUGUUUUUAUUUUUUUAAAAUCUUUCAGUGAAAUUUUAUAGGCCAUGUCCUUUAUUCUUUUUGUAAUUUUCAUGGGAGUAAGUUUCUAAAAAAUGGAAAUUUCCUUUCACUCCUGGAAUAAAAUCGACCUGUUCAUGAUUUUUUUUUUUAAGUGCAGAGCUAGGUUUAAUUUACUAAGGUUUUGUCUGCUUUGUAGAAUUAUUUGGAGAAUCUGUUUUUUUUUUUUAAUUACUCUGGAAGAGUUAGAAUAAUGUGGGAUUUAUUGUUUGAAGAGUAAAAAUAACUGGGCCUGAUCUAUUCUGAUGGAGAAGGGAAUUGGGGGGGACAAAUCUUAAGCAACAGUUUGAUUUCUUUGAUGCUUGCACUCUUUAAAGUUUCUACCUCUAUAAAGUUUGGUAAUAUAUAUCUGGAAGUCAUCUUCUUUUACUGAACUGUCAGAGUGGCAUGAAGUUGCAUCUAGUAUUGUCUAAAGUCUUUUACUCUCUUCUGUAUAUGUAGUUAGAGCUCUGUUUUCAUAUAUAAUGUUUUACACUGUGGUUUCCUUUCAGUUUUUCUUUCAUGAUUGCCAAGUCUAUUUUGUUUCUUUUGAAAUUCCAGUUUUUCUCAGGUUUAUUUUUUCCUUUUGCUGCCUCAAGUGACAGAGGCUUUUCAUUAGCCAUAAUUUCAUUUGGUUUUUUCUUCAUUAAUCAGUGGUAAGGACUUUCUAAGUCCUGAUAUUUCCCCCCAAAAUAGGGAAAGUGGGUUUUCCUUGAAUGGUUUUGUCAUCAAGUUACAUGCUGUUAAAAUUGUCUGUUGAGAUCUGAAGCUAGAAGGUGAGCUCUAAGUCAGUAAUAUGCUUCUCGUCAGCGAGUAAAGGAGCAGCCCAGGAUUUUGCUGAUCUGGUUGAAAACCUUCCAUCCAGAGCCCACUUGUCCUUCUUGCUCAGCCUUCAUACUGUGGAUCCAGUGGGGACCCUCCUUCCAUGUUCUCUACCAGUUGUGAGUCACUUUGUUGUAAAAGAACUGAAUGUGUAAAAACCUUCAGUCACAGCUUAGACUUUAUUUUACCUCAGCAACUCCAAAACAGGAAAAGAACCUAUUCCUGAGAUAAGUGUGAGAAAACAUUCAGUUGAUAAAACAUCCGCCAGAGACUUUUUGCUUACAGGAAAGCCUACUUAUUUGUGUUGCAGGGAGGCCUUGGCUAUAGUUUAUUUCUUGUUUGACGUCACAGAAUCUACAUGGGUUAUAAUCUGUUUUGGAUUUGGAGGGCAAGAAAUCAUUGAUCCAGAGCUUCUAUUCUGUACACAUUUUUAAAAAAUAUUCCUG